UGCCGCGGCGGCUGGAGGCGGUUCCGCUGUCUGGUGUGUACGCGGCGAGCGAUACCUGGUGCGGCCCGCUCGGCUCCCACAGCGCCCGCUACCCCGGCCUCGACGCCAGCUACGGCCUGGCCGCCGCCUGAACAUGGACUCCGCCGGCCAAGAUAUCAACCUGAACUCUCCCAACAAAGGUCUGCUCUCCGACUCCAUGACGGAUGUCCCUGUUGACACAGCAGUGGCUGCCCAGGCUCCUGCUGUUCAGGGUCUGACGGAGGCUGAGGAGGAGGAGCUAAGGGCCGAGCUUGCAAAGGUGGAGGAGGAAAUCGUCACCCUGCGCCAGGUGCUGGCGGCCAAGGAGAGGCACUGCGGGGAGCUGAGACGGAAGCUGGGCCUCUCCGCCCUGGAGGGCCUGAAGCAGAACCUGUCCAGGGGCUGGCACGACGUGCAGGUCUCCAGCGCCUAUGUGAAAACUUCUGAGAAACUUGGAGAGUGGAAUGAGAAAGUGACGCAGUCGGACCUCUACAAGAAGACUCAGGAAACUCUCUCUCAGGCGGGACAGAAGACGUCAGCUGCCCUGUCCACCAUGAGCUCUGCCAUCAGCAGGAAGCUCGGAGACAUGAGUCCAAGGUUGUCGGUGGCAGAGAGAAUGGCAGUGACAACCUUCCCUCCCCGUCUGGGAGUGGUGAAAAACCCCUGCCCGAUCACACGCCCUUCUAAGCCCAUAGAGGCUUUGCCCAGCCCCAGAACGAGCACACCCUCCUUGCCACAACUGCAGCUUCGCUCAGCGGGGCAGCCAGCCAAGCCGUGGCGAAUGGACAGAACCAGUUUUGAGGACAACCUCGCAUCCACAUGGGGACGUGGCCGCUGCGCUCACAUGGGUUAGAGAACACAUCUUGUAUACAGAUGCUUUCCACUGGGUCGGCAGGUGCAGCAGAUCACUGUGCCAUCCUGCCUUGGGGGCAGGAAGCAGGCAGGGUGGUGGGUCCCAGGGGGUCUAGAGCCAAAGCCCAGCCCUCUUUGGGAAUCUUGUUCGUUGACCAGCCUGCUGAAAGGGUGGUACAGGGAUGAGUGUAAAAUGCGUGGUGUUUGCUAACCCCUCCCUGAGUCUCAGGAGGAAGGGUCAUCCAGGAAGCCCUGCCUGCUCUGCAGUUUUAUUCAGAACGCUCAACAAGAAAACUGUCCGUUUUCUGAGACCUUCCAGAAGAGAAACUGAGCAUCAGCAGCUGCCUGAUUGUUACACUAACGAUCUAGCUUUAACAAAAGCAAAUUCUUUAUUUUUUAAAUGCAGUGGGUUUUUUCAAAAAUUAAACCUAAGCAAAGCAGCUUUAGCCUCAUAGUUAGAAAAUAUUAUUUCUCUGAACUCAAGCUGAAAUACACGCCUUACAUCGCCUUAUGCUUUAUCUGUUUAUGAUGUUUUAUACAAAUGAGGGUUCCAUCGUGGGUUUUGAGCACUCUAGAAUUCUGCACCCAGCCAAGUGGCAGCAUGCCUGUGCCAGUGGUGUGUUUGAUUUCACAAACGCGCUCCGUCCCUCUAUGAAACUCGCUUCUCUCUCCUCUCAGUGACCGUGGCACUUCCCGCUGGCCGAAGAGCUCGUGGGCUGGUGGGGCGGGGGCCGUGCUGCCCCUGUGUGGACCAGGCCUGGCUGGUGCAUCACUGGUCGGCAGCCCCAGUCGGCCUGUGGACUGCAUGCUGGGGCAUUGGGGUCGGCUGGGACUCUGCUGUCACCUUUUCUCAGGAGCUACAAAGAUCUCUUUCGCGUUUGAUGCUGCCAUGUUCCGGCAGCUUUUCCCUGGGCCCCAUGUCUGGUGUGUCCAGAGGGGCAGCUCCGUGCCUUACUGGCUCUCGGCAGGCAGAGACUUCGCCUGCAUCUGUGCACUCCAGGGGAGGAGCCGUCAGCUUAGUGUCCGCCUUGGUUGGCGGUGAUGUGCUCUCCGGUACCUGACUGCCUGCUAGUCACUUCAGACACCCUAGGUAGGGGGUGCAGUCCACGCUCGUGCCUUGGGAGGAACACCCACGUGUUCUUUCUCCAGGGUUGGAAUCUCUCAGACGUGGUGUGGUGAGGAGGCAGGGUGCGGGGUGAUAACUGAUUUAUCUUUUCCUUAAGUAAAUACUGGGUGAUUUGUCAAUAAAGCAUUCCUUUGGGGGAAAAUCCA